AUGAACAGCAUCUUUGCAUCCGCCGGAGCAAACUCCUCGAAUCUAUCCUUCUCUACGCCUCCGAUGCAGAAGAGUAGCAGCAACCUUCAUGGACGCAAGCGGUUCGUGGACGGCGGCAGCGCCGACGAUGGGGCCAGUAAUGGUGCUGGGGGACCGUAUAGGUCGGUGGCGUAUAGGACUGAAGGUGCUAGGCUGGCUUGUCUAGUCAAUGCUUCGGUCACUGUGUGUGGAGAUGAUGAGGCUAUCUAUGCCUUUGGAGGAUUCGAUCAGUACACGGAUGAAGUGUACAAUCACGUGCUGAAGUUGGACCUGCAUACUUACACAUGGACGUUGGUUGAUAAUUAUGGUGACAUCCCGAGUGUCAGAAUGGGGCAUACUACUACCUACUGGCGCGAUAAUAAAUUAGUCAUUUUCGGGGGCGAGAAUGAACACCGAAUGUUUCUCUCUGAUGUCUAUAUAUUCGAUAUAUCCACAGCAACUUGGUCCCAACCAGUCGUGGAGGGGCAUCCUCCUAGCGGGCGCUCCCGCCACGCGGUUGUGCUCCAUGAGGAUAAGCUGUUCAUUCUGGGUGGCAUUCAUAAUAAUCCUAAUGCCAUAGAAGAUGACACGGAAUACAAUCCGCAAGAGGUUCUAGACGAUAUAUGCUACCUUGACUUGAAAUCUAUGACAUGGAGUAGGAGCUGGAAGUGGAUCGCCCGAUUCGAUCACCAGGCUUGGGUCCGGGAUAAUAAGUUGUGGGUUUUCGGCGGUAUGGGGAAAGAGAUGGAUCGAACGGGAGAACUCAUUUCACUGGAUCUGAACCAUCCCGCGUUUGCGAGAACAGAUACGAAGCAGAUGGGGUAUGUGACUCGACAGGCAGGCGCUAGUAAUGAGCCAACCGUGGGCCAGAGUCGUGUGCUUCGUUCACACCGCCCUUAUGGGCCAAAUUCCCCAAGGCCUAUUAAUCUGUCUCAACGGAGUUCCCCGCCGCCGAGGAAGCAGUUUGUUCCUGCUGCUACCUCGUCAGUGAGGUUUUUAUGGGGUCGUGAUAUUCCCUCAGAAGCUCAUGGAACCCAUUUCCAUCAUAUUUGUGGGAACACUCUGUUGGACUUUGUAACCUCAGCCAACACUAUUGAUCCUUCGGAGACGGGCCUAUGUGCGCUGGAUCUCAACGAGAUGACAUGGCGUAAAAUGGCCGAUGGCCCCGAUAUCUUUGGGGGUGGAGAAUGGAGAUGGCACUAUCUCGCUAUCUCACCUAACAGCACAAUGGCUUACCUUCUCGGGUGUCCCACCCACGAAGAAGAUUUUGGUCUCGGCGAAGGCGAGGAGUACCUCUCGGAUGUUCUCCCUAUCGAUCUCAGCCGAAUCGGCAUUGACAUUGGACAGCGGCAAGGCGAAAACCCUCACAAUGGCACGCUCGGCUGGGAUCUUGCCAGUGUGUUCGACAACCAUGAAAUGGAUACUGGCGCAGAUUUCGUUAUCCGUGCGAUGAAGGACGAGGCUGCAGAAGGCGACGAAUGGGACAUGAGCGGCAUUUGGGGCAGUAGCGUCAAUAACAGCCCUAUGCCACCAUCUGACGACCCCGACAUGCCGCCGGAGCAGGUCCUGGGACCCCCGAUCAAGGUUCACAAGCUCAUACUACUUGCUAGAUGGCCCCACUUUGCGACACUGUACAACGCCCGUAUGAGAGAGUUCCAUCGCGGAAGCCUUUAUCUACCAGAGGCAUACUCGGUUGUGAGGGCGUUCAUGUAUUACUUGUACAGUGACUCUAUCGCUACAUCGCCGUACUGCGCCAACCUUUCUGUUGUCGCCGGUCUUUUAGUCAUGGCAAACAUAUACAACAUGAAGCGGCUACGUACACUUGCUCUCGGCAGAUUGUUCAAUGAGCUUGACAUCGAAUCUGCCGCAGUCGUGUGGGAGCGCGCCGGCACCGCUGGUGAGGAGGCGCUCAGGAAAAAGGCGGCGCGCUUCGCGCUGACUUUUUGGGGACGGAUUGUCCGCACGAUGGGGUUCAGGAAACUGAGCAGAAGAAGUGUGAUGGAGUUAUGCGAGGAGACAGAUGUCGAGGGGCGGGUCAUGGGUGGAGAGGAACUUGGUUCGGUGGGAGCCGUUGAUGGCAGCGAUGUGUCUGGGAGGGGUUUUGGUGGUAUCGGUUUUGGUGGGGUGGCGAGAAGAAAGGAAGAGGAUGGUGGGGAGAUAGAGGUGGAUGAGGAUGAUGAGAUGUUGUAG